CCCUAAAGUUGUAACUGAAACCGUUAGAUCGCCAAAUAAAAACACUGUUUCACUACGUAAUCUCUAUCUUCUCCGUCCCGACAAGAACCAAGUUCCGCCGAACAAAUCUCAUUCUUCUUAUUCUUCAAUCGCAGCAAUUUUUUGUGGGUUUAUUGCUUCUGAUUCGGCUUGAAUCUAUCUUGAUUUUGCGAAUAAGUUAACGAUUCGAAGGACGAUGGAAAGCGAAUUGGUUGAAUUGUUCGAGGCGGCGAAGAAGGCAGCCGAUGCGGCGGCGAUCGACGGCGUUACCUCCUCAGGUCCGGAGGUUUCUCGAUCUCUCGACGCCCUAAAACAGCUCAAGAAGUUUCCCAUCACAUACGACAUGCUCGUCGCGACUCAGGUAGGGAAGAAGCUAAGGUCUCUUUCAAAACAUCCUAUUGAAGAAAUAAAAACCGUAGCUACUGAUCUUCUUGAGACAUGGAAGAAACUUGUCAUUGAAGAGACGUCCAAGUCUAAGCUAGACAGGAAGGAUGUUGACAAGACACCAAACCCUGCUCCUGUGAAAGUGCAGAAGCUUCAGAGAGGUGAUUCAGCUAAGAGCAUCAAGGUAGAAGAGAGGAAGGAACCAGACAACAAAGUCAAUGCUGGGGCCUCAAAGGAGAAUCAAUCUAGUACGAAAGCUCCAGCUAAGGCACCACUUAAUGGUGCACCAAAGCUGACUUCGAUGGUGAAAUGCAACGACCCUGUGCGUGACAAGAUCCGUGAGCUGCUUGUGGACGCAAUGUCCAAGGUCCAUGACGAAUCAGAUGACUACGAUAGAGCGAGAGUUGUCGGAUGUGAUCCAAUCCGCGUCGCUGUCUCGGUGGAGUCUCACAUGUUUGAGAAGCUGGGACGGUCAACGGGAGCUCAGAAGGUGAAGUACAGGUCUAUAAUGUUCAACCUGAGGGACAGUAACAAUCCGGAUCUGAGGAGGAGGGUUCUCACAGGGGAGGUGUCGCCGGAGAAACUUAUUACAUUGUCUGGUGAAGAGAUGGCAAGCGACAAGAGGAAACAGGAGACUAAUCAGAUCAAGGAGAAGUUUCUGUUUGAUUGUGAGCGUGGCCAGGCGCCGAAAGCGAGUACUGAUCAGUUCAAGUGUGGGAGGUGUGGUCAGCGUAAAUGCACUUACUAUCAGAUGCAGACGAGGAGUGCUGAUGAGCCGAUGACGACUUAUGUUACGUGUGUUAACUGUGACAACCACUGGAAGUUCUGUUGAGGUGAGGAGAUAAAUGUGUGUGUUCUUUUUUUUACAUUGCAUGAGACUUUGUUUAAGACAUAUAGGCUCUCUGGUUGAUUUAUCAAGAGCUUCUAUGUCCAUUUGCCGACACAUUCUUAGAAUGUUCUGGCUAUGAUGUUUGUGUAAGGAUAUCACAGUUCAGUGUCUUGGAGUUAGUUUUAGUAGAGGAGUCUAUAAUUUAGGUUUUUCUUUUGCUUCUUUUAUUCCAAACAUGUCAAACUUACUUUCUUGCACAUUUUAUCGAAGUUUUGAAGUUUAUUUCUUGUA